UGGGCCUUUGUCGAUAGUCAAUCCAGAUCUCUCUAUCCUGUAUGCAUACGGUUUGAUUUGAAACGAAUUGAUUCCAAACAAAAUCCAUACUUGUUCUGUUUCAAUCAUCCAUUCGAGUAUGUCGGAUGACUAUUUUUGGUUUCACAGUUCAGACUUCAGACACAUUGGGUUGGAGCUCUACCGAACGAUCUGAUCUCAGUUCGGUUCUGGUUAUUUUCCUGUCCCAAACAAAAUGUUAUCGUUACUUCGUUCCAGACGCUUUGCACAGCGAUGUCCUCCAAAAAGCAAACAACUUUUGACCUCCUACUUCUUCUCCACCACCAGCGCCACCGACCACCGCCAUGGCUCGAAGUGCAGUCAACCAUCGCCGCCACCAAUCCAGGUUCUACUCACUGAAUCAGCUGGCCGUGGUGUUUUUGCUACGCGGAAUAUAGAAUCCGGCGAACUCAUCCAUACAGCCAGACCCAUGAUCUCUCACCCAUCUCUCUCCUCAAUUGACAGAGUAUGUUACUUUUGUCUCAAAAACACUCCAAAAGGUUCCGAUUUUGAGGCGCAGAAAGUGUUGUUUUGCAGUGAAGAAUGUAGGGAACAAGCAAAGGGAUUCUAUGAAGUUGAAAAGGAAGCUGAUUGGUCAGCAUUUGUUGCUCAUUGUCAAACCCGGGCUUUGAAAUACCCAUUUCUUGCUAAACGAUUAGCCUGCAUGAUAUUAUCCGGAAUAACCUCUGCAAAUUCUCUAGACAUACUUCAACCUGCCCUUUUGUCUCCUCAAAUGAUCUCACAGAUGGAAGAGGAGCUUGGUUUAUUGAAAAGUGCACUAGAAGCUUCAGGCAUCACAAGCAAACAACUAAAAUUUUUAACUAUCGAAUGGUAUUCUGGAGUACUUGCAAGAAUUCGUAUCAAUGCUUUUCGUAUUGAGUUAGCUGGAGGCUGUUCUUAUGAAGAUCUACUUGCAUCAGCAGCUUUAUCAGUAGAAUCAGAAGCUGCUGUUGGCAAUGCUGUUUAUAUUCUUCCAUCUUUUUAUAAUCAUGACUGUGAUCCUAAUUCGCACAUAGUUUGGGUGGAAAAUGUGGAUGCACGAUUGAAAGCUUUGAGAGACAUUGAAGCAGGUGAAGAGUUGCGGAUAUGUUACAUUGAUGCAAGUAUGGAUCGUGAUGCUCGACAAAAUAUUUUGUCCAAUGGGUUUGGAUUUGAGUGUCGUUGCCCUCGUUGUUUGUUAAAUGAUUGAUAAUGUCAAUAAAUUUCUGUUGGACUAUAUGAUUAAUAAUUGUUAAAGAAAAUGUUACUCUCA